AUGGAAAUGCCCAUGGAUUAUGCCCCCAUGGAGUCCUUCUCAAACAGAGGGGUUUCCGUGCUCCAGGAUAAUGAGAGAGGCAGUGAAAUCUCCCGGCAGCUCUUCAGGCAGUUGCAGUACACAGCAGCAGUUGGCCCUCGUGACACUUUCAGGAAACUGUGGGAGCUCUGCUAUGAAUGGCUGAACCCAAAGAUGCAUUCUAUCGAACAAAUCCUGGAGAAGGUUGUAUUGGAGCAAUUCCUAAAUAUUCUGCCUUCUGACAUUGAGAGCCGGGUGAGAGCUCAUGGCCCACAAACCAAAGAAAGACUUUUUUCCCUGAUAGAACAUAUACAGAGGAAGUAUGACCAAUCAGAGUUCCAGAUUGAUUUUGAUGACAUAAUCCUUCAAGAGUUUCUGCCACUGGAAACGGAACUUAUGGCGUCAAACUUUCACCCAGAGUCACCUGCACUCCAGACAAAGGGAACUCAGCAGGAUUCCCCAGUGCCAGAAGCCUGGAAGCCACAGGCAGGGCCACUGGAGCUGAACUACAGCGCUGGUGCUGAGUGCCAGCCCUAUAUGAAUCCUGGUCCUGCAAUACUGAUGUCUGACUGCAGCUUCUCAAUGGAGAAGGGAGAAGAACAAUGGGCCGAGGAGCUGAUGAACUUGCACCCUGAUGAGAAUGCACACCUGACACUGGAUUUAUCCAAAGAACAUGAGCAGCAGGAAGCGCUCUGCAGUGAGCUCCCUAAUGAGCUUCUGGAGGUUCUGGACAUGCCUCUGGACACCCCGCGGUCCUGCCUGGAGGAGAGCUCCCAGCAGGAAACGCCUGUGGACCCGGGAGAGCCCACGCAGAAGGCUCCCACGGGGAAAGCCCAGCACUGUGCCGUGUGUGGCAAGUGUUCUGCUUAUGCUCAUAAGCAAGCUGGUAGUCCCGAGGUGGUUCACACAGAAGAGCUCGUGCACAAGUGUGCCAUCUGUGAGGAAGGGUUCUUUCCCAGCCCAGACCUAGAUGAGCGGGAGGUCACUGGCGGGAAGGAGAAGCACCAUCAGUGCCCCAAGUGUGAGGAGACGUUCCCUGAGCACAUCCAGCUCACCAUGCACCAGGCGAUACACUCUGAAAUCAAGCCCUUCGAGUGCCAGUACUGUAGCAAAAGGUUCCUGCAUAGGUCAAGUCUCUUGGAACACAGGAAAACUCACACAGGGGAAAAGUCGCAUGAGUGCCCCACUUGUGGGAAAAAGUUUCUUCGGCGGGCAACCCUUAGCCAGCACCAGGUGACACACACCACAGAGCGUCCGUUUACCUGUGAGUACUGUAAGAAAAGCUACAGGCACAGGUCCAGCCUGCGAUCUCACAUAAAAACGCACGCAGGGGAAGUUCUGUACAAGUGUAACCUUUGUCUUAAAACUUUCCUCAACAAAGAGAACAUCAUCUUGCACCUUGCUGCACACCUUAGGAAAGGCGUCCCCACGAGCACGCAGGACGCGGGGCCUGCGGAGCCUGCCAGCAGCUCUUAAGCUGCCCGUGUGUGGGCUGUCUUGAAGAAUAGCUUUCUUUGAGCUCAGUUCAGAGAGGCCUUUCACAGGUCGUUAUUUUGAAAACUCACCUUCCAAGACACAAACAUUCUCGAGUAUUCCCCUACGCUUGCCAUUGUUCUAGAUCUGAUUUACUGGUCCUGGGCAGAUCUUUAAUUGUUGCCAUGAGAAUAUUUUUGUCUCAGUCUAAACCCAGUGUAGUUGUAAUGAAGCAUACAACCUGUGGUGUUCCUCUUAGAGGUGGAGUCUCCAUCAGUAGCCAGGAGUGUGCCCAAUUGUUCUGCAGAGACACACUGUUUGCAUGCAUAAAGGGGCGACUUGUGAGGGAAAUGCCUCGCGCUGCAGUCCCUUGCCUCAUUGUUUGAGCAGUGCGCCAUUCUGUCAUGGACAAUGGUGACAAGCGGUUUGCUUGACUCCUGCCACAGCACACGCCACAAUCCCUGGCUUCCGUGAGCCCCAGUGUCAUUUGAGACUCAAACAUGGUUCACUCUUGACAUGUGGACCCUUCAGAGAAAUCAAGCCCAUUCAUAAGUAGGAUGAAGAGCAGCACAGAGCACCUGCCGCAGAAAUACUGUGAUCAUUUGUUGUGAUGUAUUGACAUGCGGGCCCUGCCCUUGUGUAACUUACUGUAAAUUCUAGCUUACUGCAUUGCCUCCCUUUGCUGUUGAUGAAAAAGCAGUUUGGGUUUUGAGAUGUGCCUUAUGUGUAACUUUUGUCACCUCUACCAAUUUGAAGUAAUGUUCUUGUUUGUGAUUUUGCUGUGAUUUCAAUGGCACUUCUCACCACAUUCCCUCCUGUUUGCCCCAAAAGGUUGAACCAUUCUGACCUUUUUCUAUCCAUUUUUAAUUGUA